UUUCGCGAUGACGCACCAAUCGUUUUAUGACGGUUUGACCUUCAAGUGCUCAGUGACCUCCCUCAACGGACGGUGCCAAUGGAUCGUUGACCGUUUGCUUACCUUCGGUCGGUUAGAUCGUAUUCCGAAAGAUGACGGUUACAUACUCGUCGGUUGUGGCAACUGCGAAAUAUUGGACUUUUAUAAGAUUAUUGUUUAUGUGGAAAGGAAGCGUUUAUCGUCUGGUUUGGUUCGAGUUUUUGGUCUUCGUCGGUAUAUACUCCGUUUUAUCUGUUACAUACAGGUUUAUCCUCAGUGCGACACUGAAGAGGUAUUUUGAGCUAUUGUGCAUCUAUUGUGGCCAGUACAACGAAACGGUCCCUGUAGCAUUCGUUUUGGGCUUUUACGUUUCACUUAUUGUUCAACGUUGGUGGGAACAGUUCCUAGCAUUACCAUGGCCUGAUCGUUUGGCUUUGUUUAUAACAGCUUUUUGUCAUGGGAACGCUGAACGCCCAACAAGAAUCAGGCGAAAUAUAGUUCGAUAUAUCAAUCUAUCUUAUUGUAUUGCUUUACGUGCAAUCUCAUCUCGAGCUCGCUUGCGUUUUCCAACAGAAGAACAUCUUGUUACUGCAGGAUUGAUGACACAAGAAGAAUUGGAUAUUUAUCGUAGUACUCAACCCAGUGAAUAUACUUUAUACUUUGUUCCGUUAGUAUGGGCCCUAGAUAUGGUUACAAAAGCUCGUGAAGAAGGCUACAUACGCUUUGAUAGAGCUGUAGAAAUUUUGACGAAUGAAAUCACAUCAUUUCGUAGUAAAUUAGGUACAAUAUUUGCUUAUGAUUGGGUUAAUCCUCCACUCGUGUAUACCCAAACUGUAACAAUUGCUGUAUAUGGAUAUUUUGGUACAUGUUUACUUGCAUGGCAGUAUUUAGACCCAUCGAAAGGAUACGAAGGUCAUGAUGUUGAUAUUUAUGUGCCAAUUUUCGGUUUACUACGUUUCUUCUUCUAUAUUGGAUGGCUGAAGGUUGCAGAGUCAUUAAUUAAUCCAUUUGGUGAAGAUGUUGAUGAUUUUGAAAUUGAAUAUUUAAUUGAAAGAAAUUUACAAGUUUCUUAUCUAAUUGUCGAUGGAAUGCAUCAUGAGCAUCCUGAUCUUGUACGUGAUGCAUACUGGAAUACUACAGACAUUGUACUACCAGACUGGACAAAAAUUGCAACUGAUGGCGGUGCUGCAGAAGCCAAUUUGGACGCAUCAGAAGGAGCUGAUAAAUUUAUUGGCUCGUUAGCAAAUAUUGAUGUUACCGAACGUAGACCAAGUGUAUUAUUUUGGAAUAGUUCAAAUCUGCACCGACGAAGGACAUCUUCAACGAGUGCAAAUUAUUAAAUACACACACGUAUGUAAUCUUCGUAAAUUCCAAUAAAUUCUUGUACAACUAUGCUGUUCAUUAGGAAUGCUAGUGAGUGUAUUAGCUAUCACUGUUUGUUUAUGGUUUUUACUCCUCUAAUUUGCCUCAUAUUAAUGUUCAUUGCCAAGAUAAAUGUGACCUUUGCUUAAGCAUGUUUUACUUUUUUUAGCAUGUGUUUUAUUAUAAUAGCUUUAUGGUGUAUAUUUGUUUGCCUAUUGUGUCUAUACACAGUUUACAAAAUUGAUGUUUGACUGUAACUUUUAUAAUAUAUUUAAUAUCUUCUAUGUUGUUUAUUUGUAUUCUCUCAUAUAGAUAAUUACUAUUAUUAUUCCAGCUGGAUUGGAGUUUUGAAAAUGUUUUGUACUUAUGAUUAAUAAACUCCUGACUAUUAUCUUAUAACUUGACUUAUUUCUUGAAUUUAUGUAUUGUUAGCGGGACGUAGUG